AUGCAGGUCGCGGAAAUUGAUCAACGCGUUAUUGAGCAGGAUCUAACAGAGCCUUUCAUACCGGACGAUCCACUGAUCAAGCCAUCAAAUCAUUCCUGCAGGCUUCUCGGAUCUUCUUCCGACGCCAUUCCGAUCGCCUCAGGAGGCCGUUUGCAAUCUCUGACCUGUCGGGUAUUCUAUCGGCCCCUCCGAGACAGCUCGUCUGUCUACCCACACCACUCGGCGCCUGACAACCGUUCAGAGCGCUCGAACGUCGCGCCAUCGCUUGACCCGCUCGGUCCUCGCUCACCCGCAACCAUCAUCUGCUUCAUCACGAUGCGCAGCAUUGGUCCUUCAGCAUCGACGCUGCGGUCGCGGCUCGUCCGCGUUGCCACCAUCACUAUGCUGCUUUGGACCGUGGCAACACAUGCAGCGCCAGCACCCAUCGAUCGACCAGGCUACCUUCCACCAGAGGCACAGACGCCCGCCGAAUCAACACAAUCUUCGCUCACGCAGCAAAAGUGGAUCGGACUCACCCUCGCCAUCAGCAGUUCGCUCGCCAUCGGCACCAGCUUCAUCAUCACCAAAAAGGGCCUCAUGGACGCAGCAGAUAGGCACAACGGCCUCGCCUCGGAUGGUCACACCUACCUUCAGAAUCCCAUCUGGUGGGCCGGUAUGGCCACCAUGAUCGUCGGCGAGGUCGCCAACUUUGCUGCCUACACCUUUGCUCCACCCAUUCUCGUCACUCCUCUCGGUGCCCUCAGUGUGCUCAUUGGCGCCAUCCUUGCCUCUUUCAUCCUCAAAGAGGAGCUUGGUCGUCUCGGAAAGGUCGGCUGCACCCUCUGCCUUGUCGGUACCGUCAUCAUUGUCGUCAAUGCGCCAGAAGACAAGGAGAUCCAGACCAUCGACGAGAUGCUCAACUACGCACUCCAGCCUGGCUUCCUUUUCUACUGCACGUUUGUGCUCGGCUUUUCGCUCUUUAUGAUCUUCCGCAUGGUGCCAAAGUACGGACGCAAGACGCCGCUCGUCUACAUCUCCAUCUGCUCCCUCAUCGGUUCCAUCUCGGUCAUGAGCGUCAAAGGUCUCGGUGUCGCUCUCAAGCUCACAUUUGCCGGAAGCAAUCAGUUCACCCAUCCUUCGACGUACUGCUUCGCCAUCGUCGUGGUGGUCUGCAUCCUGACGCAGAUGAACUACUUCAACAAGGCCCUCGAUCAGUUCUCGACCAACGUCGUCAACCCGAUCUAUUACGUCUUCUUCACCACCUCAACGAUCCUCGCGUCCGUCCUGCUCUUCCAAGGCUUCAACACAACGACGGCACCUGCCGUCUCACUUCUCGGCGGUUUCAUCGUCAUCUUCACUGGCGUCUACUUGCUCAAUCUCAACCGCAUCAUCGACCCUGUCACCCAACAGCCUCGAAUGUCGCUCGUCACGGGAGAAGGCACAACGCGCCUCUCAGAGCAGCACGAGCGUCUGCUCGACCAGCAGCGCGCCAUGAGCAGCUUCGCCAAUGGCAGAACAAGUCUCAGCGGUCCUGCAGGGCGUAGUGCCACACUGUUCGGACACGGCAGACGAAGCAGCGCAGGCUCAUCGGUACUUUUCAGCGCCUACGAAAACGAGGAGGCGCUGGGGCUUACACGACUAGAUGAGGACGAGUACGACGAAGACGUUCGCGAUACUUCACCCAUGAUCCGUCAAACCAAGACGCACUCUGCUCGUGCCAACGACGUCAACGGUCACGGUCCAUCAGGGGAGGCGACGACGCGAACACAACGCCAGCACAAGCGACAAAGCUUGAUCGACGAUCCGACGCCCAACUACGAGCACGGUCGAUGA